AUGCAUAACCUCGAUCAAGGUUCUCAACAAAUUUUUGAUAGCAAUUUGAUUCAAGUAAUCGAAUGUGAAGACUAUUCGCUACUUUUAAUCAAACAUCCUAAUAUUGGGACAUUCACUACAAGGAUUUUUUCGAUAAACGAAUUCAUCGAACAUCUUCAUCAAAAUAAAACCCCAAAUUGUUUUUUACUUUUUCGCAUGAUCUUCUCGAAGGCUAUCAAAGAAUCAGGAAUCAAAUUAGAGAGAAGAUAUAUAUCCGAAAUGGCUGGCUCUUGCUGGAAGUCUUCAUCUCAAACUCGACGCUUGUUUAAAAAUAUUUACAACCAACUUAAGCAAUUACUUCCGGAACAACCGCAUCAAACUAAUUAUAAUUCGACCGCCGUAGUUAAUUCAAUAGCAGCAUAUCCAGACAUUUUUUGUUUCGGAAACAGCAACCUCAAUAAUAGCAAUAACUAUGCUGAUGAACUUAAUUAUUUACCUUACCAAAACCAAAAUACUCUGGAACAACCACAUCAAGCCAAUUAUGAUUUAACACCUGUUGUUAAUUCAAUGGUAACAUAUCCAGACCUUCUCAUCCUCAAUAAUAAUAAUAUCUACGCUGCUGAUGAAUUCUCAGAGUUAAAGGAAUUCACAGAGUUAAAUAAAGAAGAUGUAAUUAGACAUAAAUAG